CCUGAGGAGGAGCAGCUCUUGCCCUCUCCUCCGUGGCGUUUAUGUAGGUGUGUGGCGUGUGUUGUUGGCCUGAUUGAGUGUCAAUGGAGGGAUGAAGAGAACCGCGGACGGUCACGCGUGUCCAGCAUGCGCACAUAGCUACAGCUCUGCGCGUCUCAUCUCAUCAUGACCGGCGCUCACCUCAACAAUAGCGUCUCUCCUUGAAUUCUACAGCUCUUGGAUUUUGUUGACUACUGGGACUUUCACAACCUUUUUUUGUUCUCACUCGUAAAAUAUAUUUUACCAACUCCUUUAUUUAGCUGUAUAAAAAGUUGAAGAAAACGGGUUUUGGUAUUUUGUUUGACUGAUUCCCUACAGACAAUGCACAUAAUCGGUUGAAAGUCCUUAGAAGGAAAAAUAACAAGAACAACCGGCAGAAACAACAACACAAAACAAGCUAAUUUAUUCAAGGAUCCGCGCUUUGACUUAAAGGAAAUAAACAUGUCCAGCAGAAGCAUCGAGUGGGAGCAUUUCGAGGAGCGCGAGAAGAGUCACCGGUCCACGCGGGGCAGUGGCGCUUCUCAUUCCGGCUCGCGGGGUAACGGGCUCGUGCCUAGUCCCGCUCACAGUGCGCACUGUAGUUUCUACCGCACGCGCACACUGCAGUCGCUCACCUCCGAGAGGAAAGCGAAAAAAGUUCGCUUCUAUCGGAACGGUGAUAAGUACUUCAAGGGCUUGGUGUACGCGGUGUCCAGUGAGCGCUUCAGAUCCUUCGACGCGCUGCUGAUGGAGCUCACCCGCUCCCUCUCGGACAGUGUCAAUUUACCGCAGGGAGUCCGGAACAUCUAUGCCAUGGAAGGGGGGAAGAAGAUCACCAGCCUGGAUGAGUUACUAGAAGGUGAAAGCUAUGUGUGUGCUUCCAAUGAACCAUUCCGUAAAGUGGAGUACACUAAGAAUGUCAAUCCCAACUGGUCAGUCAACGUGAAAACGGGCACAUCCCGCUCGCUGCCAUCCCUUACCACAUCAAAGAACGAGCUGAGAGAACGAGAGAGCAAAGACUUCAUCAAACCCAAGCUGGUGACGGUCAUCAGGGGUGGUGUCAAACCCCGUAAAGCUGUCCGGAUCCUCUUGAAUAAGAAGACGGCUCACUCCUUUGAGCAGGUGCUCACGGACAUCACUGACGCUAUUAAACUGGAUUCUGGCGCUGUGAAAAGACUCUAUACUCUGGAGGGCAAACAAAUAACAUGUUUGCAAGAUUUUUUCGGGGACGAUGACGUGUUCAUCGCGUGCGGGCCUGAAAAGUACCGUUACGCGCAGGACGAUUUUGUGUUGGAUCACAGUGGUAAGGCUUCCACAGCCUUUAUAACCGAAUGUCAGGUCCUCAAGUCCUCCUAUUCUUCUCGUUCUGCUCCCCCUGUGAGAUACUCUGGUAGUAAAAGUCCAGGAUCCACACGCCGCAGCAAAUCCCCUGGAUCUGUGAGAAGAACAGCAGGACAAUUCUCUGCAAAUAGCCAGUCUCCAGUCAAAUCACCAAUUAAUGGAGUCCCGAACAGCCAAAUCACUACCCCCAGAUCCGCCAAAUCCUCCAGUUCGUCCCCGACCAGCCCCCGCAGCAUGCGCAACUUCAAGAUUCCUGCACAUCACUCCUCUGCAACCAAUGUGAAUGGCUCCUCAGAGACUCCCCAACAACUCAACAACAGUGUGAGCCCUGAAGUUAAUGGAAACAGGAACCUAGCUGCUUCCACAAUUAUGGACAAGUACAAAAUUGGCAAAGUUAUAGGUGAUGGGAACUUUGCCGUGGUAAAGGAGUGUGUCGAACGAUCCACUGGAAAGGAGUUUGCACUGAAGAUCAUUGAUAAAAUCAAAUGCAGAGGCAAAGAGCACCUGAUCGAGAGUGAAGUGGCAGUGUUGAGGCGUGUUAAGCAUCCCAAUAUCAUCAUGCUGAUUGAGGAGGUGGAUACGCCCACCGAACUCUAUCUAGUCAUGGAACUUGUGAAGGGUGGCGAUCUGUUUGAUUCAAUCACCUCCUCAACAAAAUACACUGAACGAGAUGCUAGUGUAAUGGUAUUCAACCUGGCGGCAGCCCUCAGAUAUCUGCACCGGAUGUGUAUCGUCCAUCGAGACAUCAAACCUGAGAAUCUGCUGGUGUGUGAGUAUCCUAAUGGCACAAAGUCCUUAAAGUUGGGUGAUUUUGGCUUGGCCACAGUGGUUGAAGGCCCACUGUACACUGUUUGUGGAACGCCCACUUAUGUAGCCCCAGAAAUCAUAGCAGAGUCAGGAUACGGGCUAAAAGUGGACAUCUGGGCAGCUGGAGUAAUUACCUACAUCCUCCUAUGUGGCUUCCCACCGUUCCGCAGUGAGAAUAACCUCCAGGAGGACCUAUUUGAUCAGAUCCUGGUGGGGCGUUUAGAUUUCCCAUCACCCUUCUGGGACAAUAUCACAGAUUCUGCUAAAGAGUUGAUUGGUCACAUGCUGCAGGUGAAUGUGGAGGCCAGGUACACAGCGGAGGAUGUGCUGUCUCACCCCUGGGUCACGGUAAAUGAGGAUGCUGCAAUGGAAAACAAUAUGAAGAUGGAGGUGGCAGGUAAACUCAAAAAGCACUUUAACUCUGUGCAGAAGCAGAGCAACACUUCCCCUGGAGUCUCUGUGAUUGUGAACACAGCUCUAGAUAAGGAAACCAUCCAGCUUUCUCGCCGGUGCCAGGACCGCAGCCCCCCUCCUCCAGGAAAGAGCCCUUCCUCCACCCACCCAGAGAGACGACGCUCCCACAAGGGACGCUCAUCUGUUCAACUGGAGGACUCUAGGAGUGCUGCUCCCGUUGAGCCUUUAGCCUCAACAACCCCCAAUGCACCAUCAGCACCUCUGCCCUCUCCUCACUCUGCCCCUCCUCCCCACUUCCCAGAAUGCAGUGCUGAGGCUGAGGCCAGUAAGGGCCUGCCAAAGGAAGAAUAAUACUACUUAAGGGAAACAAUAAGGAGACAAUAUCAAAUAUAAAUGCAUAAAUACAAAAAUCAUGCUAGCUAAAAGUCUGGAAUACACUACACUACUCUUGCCCCAAUUUGUACAGUCUGGACGAGUACGUCGUCCGAAGAAAGGUUUCAUAGAAAAUUGUGUAUGAUGAGCACAGACUACUGCUUUUUUAUUUACAGAUUCUGAUUCUACUAGUUAAGAGAAUACCAAACAUUGAUAUUUAGGACACACGUGCUGUUUAAAUCUGUGUCUCCUUGCAGUGAUGUGUAGUCUCUGAGGACAUUUGUUGUGUCCGGAAAGACUUAAAAGCAGGGUUGCCAGGUCAACAAAACUAAACCAGUGACUAAUCAAAAACUAGCUCAAAACUAGUCCAAUAACCCUAUCCCAAAUAUGAUUAAAAAAAAAAAUCCCUAAAAUACAUAUUUUACAGUCACAGUUAUGCGUUAUACACAAUUUCAUCUUAGAAGUCACAAUAAAAGUCUGUUUUCAUAAUUGAGUUAAAAGGUUACCUACUAGCUCCCCCUUAACGUAAAUGUAACAUCUAGAACAGGUUAUAAAAUAUUUCAAUAUAAGCAUUUCAGAAUUUUAUAUAUAUAUAUAUAUAUAUAUAUAUAUAUAUGUGUGUGUGUGUGUGUGUGUGUGUGUGUGUGUGUGUGUGUGUGUGUGUGUGUGUGUGUGUGUGUGUGUGUGUGUGUGUCGAACCAAAAAUAUAUAAAAUAUGUCAAACCUUUAAAUGUACAAUUCACCAUAAAAUGAAAAUUCUGUUAUCAUUUGCUCACCCUCAAGUUGUUCCCACAAAGGGAGAUAUUUUGAAGAAUGUGGGUAGCCAAAGAGUUUCUGGUCCCUACUGAAUUCCAUAGUAUACAGAAUUUUGUUAGCCACAUUAUUCAGAAUAUCUUCUUUUAUGUUCAGCAGAAGAAGGAAAUUCAUACAUGUUUUGCAUCAAAUUGAUUUUCAUUUUUGGGUGAACCAUUCCCACAGCAACAGCAAUUCUGCUGGAAAACGGUGGACAUGGCAACCCUGUGUGAUCCUCAGUCUUUUAAUAUAUGCGGUCUGGUUUUUCUCUGUAACUAUUUACGAAGUCAGUAAGAUAAUGAAGCUGUUUUAAAAUCAAUUCUGUUUUUAAAAGUCAUUUAGUGUAAUCCAGCCUUUAACAAACGUUCAGUACUGUCUGUAUAGUGGCCGUCUGCUUGUAUCCCUGCUUUCUUCUUCCAGUUUGGCUUCUGAUUCCAGCACCCAGGGUGGGUUUGAAACUUAAUGUGUGAUUGUUUGUAUAUAGGUGCUUUGGAUAUGAAAGAUCCGCUCUGCUUUUUUAUUUACUGUGUUCAACUCAUGUCUUGGUUAUGAAUAGUGAAACACUUUUUAGGGUGGAUCUAAACAUGCUACCGGAAAAAGACUUUGAAACUGGCAAGAAACUUGCCCUGCUGAAACUUCAAAUACAUUUUCAAGAUUGUGUUUGAAAAUAGACUGCUUGACUUUUUGACUCUGCUGAAGAAACAAGAAAGCGAUUCGCAUUUGUGGGGGUGUGUUGAGUGACUAGCACUGCUGUGUUUCUGGGGUCAUUUUGCAGUAGUUUAGAGUUGCCUUCAUAUGAGCCAGCAAAGCAAGAAAUCUGUAGGGAUUGUUUAUAGUUUUGUUCGUUUGCUAAUUUAUUUGUACAGAUUAGACAAAAUGUGAAAUUGUAUUUUAGAAUAGUUAGACAUUUUCAAUCCGGAGUCAUUAAGUGCACGAUAUUUUAAUUCCUCUGUUGCAGCAAUAUUAGAUUACUAUCUCAAGUCUUGGAUUUGUCAUCUAUUGUUCCAUGUACUACUUCUGUACUUGUUAUCUCUUUGCUCAACAUUACACUGAUUUUUCAGAACGGUAAGCCUGAAGGGAGUGAUCUAGCUUGUUAAUUAAGGUAUGUGACACGAUGCACUGCUUUUUUUUUUGACAUGCAUUGGAGGUUUUGAGAAAUAUGGCAAUAUUCCGUUUUAUUUCUGGAAAGAUAGAUUUUAUGUUUAAUAGAUGUCAUUUUCCAUUAGUGUUCUGUAUCAUCACAUAAUAAAAGUAAUGCAAUAAAAUUAUCUUGCUGUUGUU